CCGAUAACGAACAGUUUGUAGCAGGCUGUAAAAACCAAGUCUCUUGUAGAAUUCCCUCACAAGUUUGAAGCCCUUUGCUAUCGACGUCAAGUUAAAUAAUCUGUUCGGUAGAAAAUGUUUCGCUGUUUUCUCCCAGUUAUAGUGCUACUGUAUCACUUCCAGGGGCUAGGAUAUUGUAGCAACGGACUAUCGCCUCUGCAGGGUGUUUACUCAAAAAGCAACCCAUCAAAUGCCAUGUCCGGAGCAGAUCGCCCAUAUCCUAUUGACGCGCAAGCCGAAUCCAACAACAAUGAUGGCGCCGCAGCUCUUCUGCUGCAUAAUCAACCAAAGUCAGCCCAGCAGCCGGUGGAGAAGGCGGGUCCGGCGCACAAUAGAAGGCAGCGAAGGCAUAUCGGUUCGAUUGCAGCUUUUCGUGGCUUGCCAGGACCUUUCAACAAAUUUAACGCAGCCGAAUGGCCGUUGUCAGCUGGAAGGGAUUGGAAAAAAAUUAUGACACCCGGAUCCGACUUUGUGGAGUAUGUACAGAGCACGGACGACGACGUAAUCAAAGACAAACGAUAUCCAGAUGUCAUGGGAAUAAAUAACCAACGCCCCAACUCGGUCCUGAUCCGGGGCAACCCUAAUGUUGGAGUUAAAAGCAACAAAAAUUUCGAGAUACUUACUCCUCCGCACAACGAGGCAAGGGCUAGAGCAGUCAGCCGAUUGCUACGAUUGUUGUCUGAAGCUCGAGCCAAUUCCGCCAAUGUCAAUUCGAUAAGCAAGAAAUUUCUAGGCGCUUUAGCCCGAAAUAAUGGUCUUCCAACUGGUCCCAAAGCAACUGCUCCUUUUGUUCAAUACAAAGGGUCAACUGCCAUUCCUUUGCCAGGUAAGAGAACUUCAAUCGAUUGGGGAGCGCUUCGCCAUCCAGUUCACCGAUCAGAGAUAGCAGAUACCAGUGAGAAUCUUCAGUUUAAUAAUCAAGCGGAGGAAUAUCCAACUGAAGACAUAUUUACCGACGACGUUAUCCUUGGAUUGGGGGAAGAUGAAGAACAAACAGACGAUUCAGAUGAAAUUAUAUCCAACAAACGCAAUAUUGCGUCACUUGCAGCUAAAGGUGGUUGGUCGCGUCCUUCUAGAGCCUACAAUCGCUUACCGCAUUUUUCUUAUUAAAAGACUUGAGUGCAUCAACAUCGUCCUCUCGACACACCUCGCUAUUUUUGUUCAGCUCCACAAUGUUAGAAUGUUAAAAGAAUCUGCUGUGCGUGAAACUAAAUUAGUUAUUUAUGUCAACGACUUCGGAAGAUGGCAACACGUAGCAAUUUCCACGAGCACGGGGAUCCCAAUUUGUCCUCCUAUAAUCUU